AUGGCGACAGACAACUCAACAUGCAAAGGCAUUGAAGAUUUCACUCUGAGCGGAAUACCUCAUCUGGAUGACUUACAUUUCUGGCUUGGUUUUCCUCUCAUCUCAAUGUACGUUGUGGCCAUUCUGGGGAACUCUGCCAUUCUUUAUAUCAUUAUGGUGGACCGAGUGCUUCACGAACCCAUGUUCAUCUUUCUUUUAAUGCUGUCAGUUUUGGAUCUUCUAAUGGCCACCGCAGUCAUGCCUCGGAUGCUGGGGAUCUUCUGGUUUGGUGGUCGACGGAUCACCUUCAACAUGUGUCUGAUCCAGAUGUUCUUCAUCCAUUUCCUGUCUGCCCUGGAGUCCGGGAUACUGGUGGCCAUGGCUGUAGACCGCUAUAUGGCCAUUUGCCACCCGCUUAGACACUAUUCCAUUUUAAACAACAGGACUAUCAUGAAUAUCUCCGUGGUCGUGUUGGUCAGAGGGACAGCUGGGAUGAUUCCACUUCCAUUUCUUAUCAAGAGGUUGCCCUUGUGGAAGAGCAAUUUCCUGACCCAUUCCUACUGCCUGCACCAAGAGGUCAUGAUGUUGGCCUGCACUGAUAUAACAGUCAAUAUCAUCUACGGCCUGUUUAUUGCCCUCCCGGUUGUAGGGAUUGACUCUCUGUCCAUCGUUUUCUCGUACCUACUGAUUUUAAGGACAAUGGUUUCCCAGGUAAGGAGGACCAAUCUGAAGACCGUCAGUACAUGCGCCUCCCACCUAUGUGCUGUCCUCGUCUUCUACAUUGGUAUCUUUGGCCUUGUUGUGCUGCACAGGUUUCCCAACAGCACAAUCCCCAACCUUCACGUCCUCUUUGGUAACGUCUACCUCCUGUUCCCUCCUGUAAUUAACCCUUUAAUCUAUGGAAUUAAAACAAAGCGCAUCUCCAACAGGCUCUGCAGAUUGUUCGGCGAAGUGACAAGUCUCCGGACUUCGUUGUCAUGA